CGGAAAAGUCAUGUCGUCCGAUUUCAACUUUGAUUUUAUAGAUGUGAAUCUUGUUCAAUUUUACGUUUUAAGCAGGGGUAAAUCAAUUGUGGAAGAGAAGAUUAUAAUCAACUUAGAAUGUAAACUAUUAAAAGUAGUGGUCGAUACUGAUUCUCAGCAGAAUUAGUGUUUCUUAUCGAUUAUUUAAACUUAUUCAUGUGGAGAGAACUCAAAGAGCAAAUGAUCGAUCUUAGCACUGCUGAUCUGCAGGACGAAAGGUGAACUGUCCUUAUAUUGCAGCAGUUGGUCAAAGAAAAAAUAUGACAAAAGAUGGGAAAGGUACUGCCACUAUUCGUCGGCGUAAAAUGAAACACGGACCAGAGGAGCUCGAUCAGGCUAGAAACAUCAACAGAAACAAUGCCUCUAAUAUCCAAGAAGAUGAACAUUCAUACAAAAACGAAGAAGAAGAGGGAUACUUGUUUGAUGAUGAAAUACUAGGUCCAUCAAUCAUCAAGACAAUUAUGUCAUCCGAACACAAGCUGUUUAGUGGACUCAUAGCUCUGCGGGUUGUAAAUGCUCUCUUCAUACAAACAUCAUACGUACCAGAUGAAUACUGGCAGUCUCUAGAGGUCUCACACAACAUGGCAUUUGGUUAUGGGUAUUUGACGUGGGAAUGGCAACAUGGAUUGAGAGGCUAUUUAUAUCCGUCACUGUUUGCGUUCAUGUAUAAGUUCCUGUCAAUACUUGGAUUAGACCAUAGGUUACUUUUGAUAAAAUUACCCAGAAUUUUACAGGGUGUGAUGGCAGCUUGGGGUGAUCUUUACCUCUAUAAGUUGAGUUGGAAGCUCUCAGACAGAGCAACAGCCCAGUGGACCUUAUUCUGCCAGAUAACAUCAUGGUUUACUCUCUAUUGCUGUACAAGAACUCUCACCAAUUCCAUGGAAUCUGUGCUAGUGACAGUGGCUUUGUAUUACUUCCCUUGGCCAGAUAUCAGGAGCGGCCAGAAAUCCAGCACAUGGAAGUUUGUGAGCCUAGCUGUUCUCUCUGUAUUGAUACGACCAACAGCUGCUGUUACGUGGGUGCUGAUGUGCUCAUGGCAUUUACAAUUAAACGUUUUCAAGUUGUGGAAAACCAUCAAGGUCUAUCUUCAGUAUGGAUCCAUCCUCCUAUUGUUGAGUAUACUGGUGGACAGGAUUUUCUACGGAGACUGGGUAUUUGUUCAGUACAACUUCCUUGAGUUCAACGUCCUGCAUGGAAUGUCGGCGUUCUACGGCAGCCACCCCUGGCACUGGUACAUCACACAGGGCUACCCCGUCAUCAUGGCAACCCAUUUGAUUCCGUUCCUAUUUGGUGGCUGGUAUGCAAAAAACAAAGUGCUGCUGAUGCUGAUCAUAUGGAAUAUAUUUAUUUUCAGCUUUCUUGCCCACAAAGAAUUUCGAUUCCUCCUACAAAUUUUACCCAUAUCGAUGCACUACUGUGGAGUCUUUUUCCAAGACUUAUGCAAGAAACCUCGUCUGAAGAAAAAGAAGCACAAGACAACAAAAGAGUCCAACAGUAACCAGAAAAGUGAAAGCAGUGACCUCACGAACAGUGAAGAAGGCCAGGCAGUAACAGAAAAUCCUGAUUCUGGGUCAGAGGCCACCAAGCACACUGAAAAAAGUGAAACCACGGAAACUCGGGACAUCCUUGGAAAUGUAGAAAGCACUGCAAAAAGACACUCCUCCCAUGAACCAGAUGCUGAUGUCUGUCCUCAACUUUUGCAGGAAAUGAAGCACAAAUGCAAUCUGAUGAAGGCAUGGGUACUUGUGAUGGUUUUUCUAGUCAUUAAUAUUCCAACUGCAGUUUAUUUCGGACUCAUUCACCAAAGAGGGACAGUUGUUGUCAUGAAGUUUUUGUAUGAUGAAAGUUUUGAGAAAAAUAUGGAUGUGCUCUUUCUCAUGCCUUGCCAUUCAACACCUUAUUACAGUUAUCUACACCGCAAUGUCUCGAUGAGGUUCUUGACAUGCGAACCAAACUUGUCCAAGGAGAAGCACUACACAGAUGAAGCAGACAGUUUCUACGACGACGCUCUUGGGUGGCUGAAGAAAGAGUACCACAUUAAGAGGAAAAACCCUCCUAGUCACAUUGUGUACUUUGAUAGAUUAAAAAGUGAAAUUUCCGAGUUUUUGACACAGACAGGGUACAAUCACUGCGGGACCUUUUUCCACACUCACCUCCCUGAGGGCAGAGUGGGUAACACUGUAUUAGUUAGUUGUAGGUGAUGAAAAAUGAACAUCCGUCCCUUUUUUCAAAAAUCAUUUGCAUUUUUAAUAUUAUAGUGUGAUAUCAAUUCAUAUAAUAUGUGUACAACACCUACAGUGCAAAAGAGUGACUUGUGUAAAUGUGAAAAUAAGAUAUAAUUUAUUUAUCGGUAUAUGUUUUUCACUGAAAUUGUAUAUGUAACUCUUACGAAUAUGAAACUGCUUGAGGUGAUAUUUAUGAUUCAAUACCUUAUUUUUCAUCUGUAUUUAAUUUUUUUUAAGAGAGGAAAUAUCAAAGAGUCAGAAGGAAUAAAAUAUUUAAGUCAGUUAAUGAAUUUAAAAUUAUUGUUUAGCUGUUACUAGUAAUUGUCAACAGCUGAAUUAGACUCAAUGUAUUGCAGGAAUAGGCAUGAAUUUUUUUUAGAAACAUUCAGAAUCAAUUUAGAUAGAAUUUUUAAAAAAGGUUAUUUUUGUUGAUGUAGUCAAUAUGUUAAUGCAUAAGCUAUUGUUGAUUUAUAUGGAGUUUCUAUUUUUUAACCAAAAACCAAAAUUUAAAAAAAUAUGCAAGAAAAACAUUUAUUUUAAUGGCUGAGCUUAUAUAGUUUACUGAGCGCUGUUUUAAUUUGUACUUCUCUUGUGUCUGCCAUAUAAUUAAAAAUUGAUACAUGUAAUAGUAAAAUGUACAUGUAUUGAAUUUUAUUCAAAAUCUGUGGUUCAUUAGGAAUACUAGCUUUGAACCGAUGUUGAUAUGUACAUGUACACCAUAAAAAUACAAGUCACUAAUUCCCAUCAUUUUUUUUUUUGUGGUUUUAGAGUACCGGUACAUAAAAGUGCUACUCGGUAAAUCAUGGUUAAACUGAACACGUUCAUGUCAAAUUAAUGCUUUCAAAGAAGUCCGUUUUGUUCAUCUUAUGAUCAUCAUGUAUCAUAAAUAAUUAUACCCUGGUAUAUUACUUUUAUAACGAAGCAAAACCAACAGUCUCUGGCUCUUGAAUUAUUAAAACUGUGUUCUAUUGUUUAUCUUGUAAUGUACAAGUAUGGAUUCCCUUCUUGCUCUAUUAUAUUUCAGUCUUCAAUAUUUAAAUGUUCUGAGGAAUUUGAUUCAUCUAGUUUUCAUCAUUUAUUUGGUCAGGACACUCUUACAUGUAUUUUGAUAUUAUCAUAUUACACUAUUGCAAAUACACUAUCGCAUAGAAUGGUUCACCAUAUUAAUUAAAACUCCAUUUAGAAUCUCCUUCAUUGAUUGUAAACCUUGUAGUAAGAUAUGUCAUCAAAAUCACAACUGUGCAUGCAUAUGUAAGUGUUAGCUAGUUAUUGUGUGUGUAAAUCAAAGCAAAAAUGACAAGCAAGAUAAGAUGAUCAAUAAAAAGUUUUCAGAAUACUGGUAUUUGGGAAAAGUAAAGAGUUUUUUUUACAAUUUUUUUUUUCAGAAAUAAUUGAAAUACUGUAAUUUGUGACCUACAAGUUAUAUACCUUAAUCAGCCUCCAUUAUAUUUACGAAAGUUCAUCAUACAAACCAUGCAAAAUUCCACCAUUUUUAUAGAACUAUGAAAAAUGUUUUUAGCAUGGUAACAUUAUUGCAGUUUGAUGACUAAUUUAUUUAAUUUCAAAAAUACUACAGUAAUACUUGUGAAACUUUUUAUUUUUUAUCAGUCAUUCUUGUGCUUAAUAUUAGUGUACCAGUACACAUGGAUACAUGUACCGGUAGUUAGUAGUCUAUUUAUAUUUUUUUACAUUGAACAACUAAUUAUGUAAUUUGUUUAAAUUUGUGCAAUGGUCCAACUGCAUGAGAUACAUGUAUUAUGGUUGACAGACAUACUGCUGUGUUCUUUUAGCUUCGUUAUUUUAUAUCAUUUAGAAUUUCAGCUGUAAAUCUUCUCGCAAUCAUCACUUAACAGAGAAAUCAGAUAUGUCAUUGAUUUAGUAUUCUAAAAUAGUUUUAGAUUUAGUAAAAUCAUGGAUUAAAAUGGUACAAAUGUUUGCAUGGUAGCUUGGUUUUAGAAGUUUGAUAAGAUUGUUUAUAUAUUUAUACCUUAUUUCCAUAUGACACAUGCAUUUCUUUAAAAUGCAAGUUGAAUUAUUCAAGUACAGUUCAGCCAUUCAAAUUGUGUGAUGGGAUGAAAAUUCAACUGUUCAGGUUUAAGAUAUGUGAGGUUACUCAGUAAAUCUUCAAUAUAUACAUGUAUCUUGCUUUGAGUCCAAUAUCCUCAGGUUAUCUAUUAUUAAAAACUGUUACAUUUAAGAGCAAAGUCUAUUUUCAAUGUCUAUAUUUUGUUACAUACUAGGCAGCUUUUUGUGAUCACCAAAAUUAAAACCUUGUAAAAUACUGGUAAAUAUUGCACGAACACUUAAAGAUCAUUUAAAAUUUGUUUAAUAGGGUCAAGUUUUUGUGGAUUGUCCUUUUAGAAAAAAAACCCACCAGAUUUUAAAAGGAAUGUAUUGGUAAUUUCCUGAUUGUAUUUAUCAUUUAAUAAGGACGUGUUAUACAAUUUAAGAUGUUUAUUUGUAUGUGACAGAUACCAAAAGCAUUGAAAAUCCAUAAAACUUACGCAAUCAGGAAUUCUAAAUAUUCCAGUGGUAUUUCUAGAAGCUGUGCAAUAUAUGACUGUAUGAGUACAUCACACUUAGUACUGUAACUAUUCAGUUAGGUUUGCAUGAAUAAAUCACAAGAAAACUUC